AUGCAGAAGCUGCUACGCCCAUCCUCUUCGGUCCCUUUCCUCUCAGUCGCCACCCCCUUUCUCUCUUCGCCAAAACUCGUAACAAUGUCAGCAGCUGCUGCUGCUUCUUCUUCCCUCGUUCCUUCCCUCUCCACCGAGAACAAGCCUUUCGCACUCUCUUCUCGCUAUUUGUCGCUUUCCUCCAACGCUUCCUGUGCCUGCAGGUCUCUAACCCACGCCAGGACUAGGGCCACCACUCUUCUCCUUAACCGCUCCUUGCGCUCGGCUUCUGACGCCACCUUUCUCACCCCUGAGGAUGCUUCUGCCGACGCAAAGGACAAAAGGUCCUUUAAUUUCAGGCUAAAUAGGAGGCAUAAGACUUCUUCCUCUCCCGCACCGUCAAACCCUGAUUUGUUGGCCAUUCCCGGCGUAGGUCCCAGGAAUUUCAGAAAGCUCGUUCAGAAAGGCAUCGCUGGUGUUGCUCAACUCAAGCAGCUCUACAAGGAUAAGUUCUUUGGCAAAUCUAGUGACAAGAUGGUUGAGUAUCUACAGUGUUCUGUUGGUAUAAUUCACAAGAACCAUGCUGAAAGUAUAACUACUUUCAUUAAAAAGAGUGUUGAUGAGGAGUUGGAAGACAAUUCAUCUGCACAGACACAGCAAAAGAAGCGCCUGACAUUCUGUGUCGAGGGUAACAUCAGUGUUGGUAAGACUACCUUCCUUCAGAGGAUUGCAAAUGAAACAAUCGAGUUGCGUGAUCUUGUUGAGGUGGUUCCUGAGCCUAUUAGCAAGUGGCAGGACGUUGGACCUGAUCACUUCAAUAUUUUGGAUGCUUUUUAUGCCGAGCCGCAAAGGUAUGCCUACACCUUUCAGAACUAUGUAUUUGUUACAAGGGUGAUGCAGGAAAGAGAGUCAUCUGGUGGAAUCAAGCCUCUUCGUUUGAUGGAGAGGAGUGUUUUCAGUGACAGGAUGGUUUUUGUACGGGCUGUUCAUGAAGCCAAUUGGAUGAAUGAGAUGGAGAUCAGUAUUUAUGACUCGUGGUUUGAUCCUGUGGUGUCUUCUUUGCCUGGACUUAUUCCUGAUGGUUUUAUCUAUCUUAGGGCAAGUCCUGAUACUUGCCAUAAGAGAAUGUUGUUAAGGAAGAGAGCAGAAGAAGGUGGAGUCAGCCUAGACUAUCUUCGUGAUCUCCAUGAAAAGCAUGAGAGCUGGUUAUUUCCCUCCCAAAGUGGUAAUCAUGGAGUAUUAUCAGUCAAUCAGCUGCCACAACGUAUUGACAACUCUUUACACCCUGAUAUAAGAGACCGUGUUUUUUAUCUAGAGGGUGGUCACAUGCACUCUAGCAUUCAGAAGGUUCCUGCAUUGGUUCUGGACUGUGAACCCAAUAUUGAUUUCAGCAAAGAUAUUGAAGCAAAGAGGCAAUAUGCACGUCAAGUUGCUGAGUUUUUUGAAUUUGUGAAGAAAAAGAAAGAGGUUCCAUCAAAGGAAGCUGCUGAAAGCGAGAGAAAUAGCCAAGGCCAGCCACAAGUGGUGCUACCUCAUGAGGGUGGCCUGUGGCUACCAGAUGGAAAGCCUUUUCCCCAGCAAGCUCUCAAACCUCUGGACUUCAGACGAGCAAUGUCUUUCAUGUCUGGCUAGUGGCUGUGAUUCUGGGCAAGAUAAGAUAUACUACUAAUGUCCCCUUGUUGACGUUUUUCUUGCAUGUAAAGAUUGACUCCGGACCUUGACUGAUGUAAAAUAGUGGGUGGCAUUUAUGUUGCCACGCUUUGCUGACACGAUACUUGGUUUAGUUUGUUAUUAGAAAGAUGGUAUGUAUCAUGUAUCUUUCUCUUGAGCAUAUAAUUUUGCCCACUUCUUAUGUUUGUAUUA